AGAAGUCGUAAAAAGGUAAAGGAAGGAAUCAGAUGUUGGUGCGCUUACCAGUAGCAGCAGCAGGCUCCGUCGUUGUCUAUCUCCACCGGCGAAUCACCACCGCUUGUCUGCUAUCCACGAAGAGCUCGAUGACUUCGGAUUCCUUCGGUGCCGCCUUCACGACCAUCAAAGAAAUUGUAUCCUUAGAGAAAGAGAUUAAGAAGAGCAAAUUCAUCGCGAUCGCCGGUCCUAUCUCCUCCGAGCAGUCGGCACAACUGUUCCUCUCCGAGGUCCGAGAUCCUCGCGCUUCGCACAACUGCUGGGCUUAUAAGGUUGGUGAUCAACAUCGAUCUAGUGAUGAUGGUGAGCCAUCGGGCACAGCAGGAAAGCCGAUGCUGUCUGCAAUUUGUUCCUCUGGAUUAGACAGAGUUAUUGUUGUUGUCAUUAGGUAUUUUGGGGGCAUCAAACUCGGAACCGGAGGUCUUGUUAGAGCAUAUGGUGGGGUUACCUCUGAUUGCUUGAAAACUGCUUCAACUCGCCUUUUCAAGUCUAAAGUUCAAAUGGGAGUCGAGGUGACAUUUGAUCUUCUAGGUGUUGUUUACAAUCAGCUGCAGUCAUGCCAGGCUGAAGACAUCAAGGAAGACUAUGAUACUGGUAAAGAUGGUACCACCAUGGUUUCCUUCAAGGUUGAUUUUGACCAGGUUGAUAAACUAGAGGAUGCUAUCAAAUCAAACUGCAAACGAGACCUUGUCUUUUUCAAAAACCUAGCAAAUGGUGGCCAACUCGGCAAAAACAUUAUCCAGUAAUUGUUACAGAAUACUGCCAAAAAGUAAAGCUAUUUUUUGUUCUUAGCAACAUAGUGAAGAAUGCCUCGUCCAAGAUUAUGACUUGUUUCAACUAUAGUGUUACGUUAUGUAUGUUGAUAGCCUACUAGUUUAGUCUAA